UAUGAAUUGGCAGCACUUUUUGGCUAUUUCCGGCGGCUCUCUUUCUUUCUUCGUUCUUCUUACUAAAAAGAGGACGGUAUCUGCGUUUGCAGAAAAUUCAACAGCAUUUGUUGGGCUUAAAAAUCUACGAAAAUGAGCUUAGCCAACGCCAGGCCACUGGUCUCCGUGUACACGGAAAAGAAUGAGGCUGUUAAGGAGAAAAACAUCUGCCUGCCCGCAGUGUUCAAGGCUCCUAUCCGCCCAGAUAUUGUAAACGAUGUGCACCAGUUGAUGCGUCGCAACAACCGUCAGCCAUACGCCGUCAGCGAGCUUGCUGGUCACCAAACCUCUGCCGAGUCCUGGGGUACUGGUCGUGCCGUUGCCCGUAUUCCUCGCGUUCGUGGUGGUGGUACUCACCGCUCCGGCCAGGGUGCGUUCGGCAACAUGUGCCGUGGUGGUCGCAUGUUUGCUCCCACUAAGACCUUUCGUCGCUGGCACCGCAAGGUGAAUGUAAACCAGCGCCGCUACGCUCUGGUCUCGGCCAUCGCCGCAUCCGGUGUGCCAGCACUGGUCCAGUCCAAGGGUCAUGUUAUCGACGGUGUCUCCGAAUUCCCUUUGGUUGUGUCCGAUGAGGUGCAGAAGCUGCAGAAGACCAAGCAAGCUGUUGUCUUCUUGCGUCGCUUGAAGAUCUGGGCGGACAUCCAAAAGGUGUACAAGUCGCAGCGCUUCCGUGCUGGUCGUGGUACCAUGCGCGACCGUCGCCGCAUCGCUCGUCGUGGCCCACUCGUGGUCUACUACAAGGAUGAAGGUCUGCGUCGCGCUUUCCGCAACAUCCCCGGUAUUGAGACUAUCAGUGUGGACAAGCUAAAUCUUUUGAAGCUGGCGCCCGGUGGUCAUGUCGGUCGUUUCGUGAUCUGGACGGAGUCUGCAUUCUCUCGUUUGAAUGAUUUAUUCGGCACCUGGAAGAAACCCUCCACACUGAAGAAGGGCUACAAUCUGCCACAACCUAAGAUGGCCAACACCGACCUGACCCGUCUGUUGAAAUCAGAGGAAAUCCGCAAGGUAUUGCGCGACCCACGCAAGCGCGUGUUCCGUCGGGUGCGUCGUCUGAAUCCCCUGUCUAAUGUGCGUCAGCUGGUCAAGUUGAAUCCAUACGCCGAGGUUCUGAAGCGUCGUGCUUCCCUAGCUGCUGAAAAGCGCACUGUGGCUAAGCUCGUCGCCAAGGCCAAGAAACAGAAUGUCGAGCUGGCCAAGUCGCACUUUGCCAGUGUCGCCACCAAAGCUGCUGCUAAUCGCUCCAAGCAGCUCGCUGCUCGCAAGAAGGUACCCGCCAAGAAACCGGCGGCCAAGAAGUAAUCUGGUUUACUUUCCAACCAACAACAUCAAAAAUUCAAUAACAUAAAACUCUUUUAUAUAAUAAAUUACCAAGUUGUAUGAAUUUUAUUCAUAAUAAUACAGUGAGAGAGAGUAAUCAUAUGCUAUUAAA